AUGAAUUCGCCGGGCCAUCGCGGAGCGGACAAGCUGGAGGCUGUGAUCCAGAAACUGGAAGAGACUGUCCUGAGUCCAGAGGUGCCUGGAGGAGACAAAAGUCUGACAGUGUAUGGAGAGGGGGAGGGUUCUGUCCCAACUCCGGUCCCUGCUCGAAUCCGAGAGAUUGUUACCAAGAAUCUAUCUGAGGAAAGCAUGGAAGGCAGGAGUUCAGUCGCCAGUCUUCAGAGGGAGAACUGUAUGCUGCAGGAGGAACUGUCUCGUAUGGAAGACCUACUGGCACAGAGCCAUGCUGAGCGUGAUGAGCUGGCCAUCAAAUUCCAUGCGGUCAACGAGCGAUUGGAGAAAUCCCUCAAGUUUGAAGUGUCUGAAAGGGAGCAAGAGGCAGCCGAGUCAAAGGCUGUGUCAGACCUCCGUCGCCAGUUUGAGGAUGAAGAGCGGGUAUAUAGGAGAAAACUUCAGGCCUAUCAAGAUGGACAACAGCGCCAGGCCCAACUUGUACAAAAACUUCAGGCUAAGGUUCUGCAGUAUAAGAAGCGAUGUGGUGAGUUGGAACAGGAGAUCCUUGAGAAAGCCUCUGAGUCGGAACAACAGAAAGUAACAGAAUAUGAGCACGAUACUGAACUGGAGACCACUCUCAUUCGCCUGGAGGAAGAGCAGCAGAGAAGCAGCAGCCUAACCCAGGUCAAUGCCAUGUUGCGGGAACAACUGGAACAGGCCAAUGUGGCCAAUCAAAGGCUUAGUGAGGACAUCCACAAGAUCACAGUUGACUUCAGCAAGGCUAGGAAUGAACUGGAGCUCAGAGAAAUGAAGCAGCGAUGGGAUCAGGAGAUCCAUGGCUCCUGUUUGAGUGGUGGCCAUGGCAAGUUGCUGGCACUAUGGAAGCAGGUAGCUGGGGUGCGCAAUGAUCUCACAGAUCUGAAGAGUGGGACAGAGCAAACUCUUAUGGAGGUAAAGGCUGAUAUCGCGCGGACUACCCGUCGCCUACAGACUGCAUGCCUGAACCUAGGCUCCAACUUGCGUCUGUCUCAGGGCAGCGCCACUGCUACACUGGAGAAGUACACCAUGCAACGUGGCCGACUCGAACAGCAGCUCCGCGACAAGGUCAAAGAGAUGAUUCAAUUACAGAGCAAAUGUGAUGUGGAAAAAGCAGAGCUUCAUGCAAGGAUUAAUGAAUUAUCUGUUGCCUUGGAGAGGCUCAAGAUGCAGAAUGCUGAGAAGGAGCGAACUAUCACCUCGCUCAACCGUACCCUGGAGAAGUUGGAAUUGGGUAAAACUGAAGUUACAAGCGAAACCCAGGAGAACGAAACCCUGAGGACUGAGAUAGAAUCCUUACACCAAACCUUAGACAACAUUGCUCAGGUUGCCAUUGCUGAUGCAGACUCUACGAGCUCUCUAUCCAGAGAAGCAGCAUCUGAAGGGACUGAGGCUGACUCUGGCAGACUGGGGUCGCCCUUCGUGCCAGGGUCCCCCGUGCUCCGUACAUCUUCUCCCCGGAGGCGCAGGUCACCCACCCGCUCCCGGUCCCCGCUGUGCAGUUUGUCCCCGUCCGCUGGUGACUCCACAUUGUCUGCAGUCCAGUCAGCGCUGCAGAGGCGGCAGCUGCAGGUGCAGGAGCUUCGUGGAAGAGUGGAAGCUGUUCAGGAUGUAGUCAGCUCUUUGAAGAAACAGCUCGGAGACAGUGAGAGUGAGCGGAGGCAGCUGGAGCAGAAAUUAGUAAGGCUGAAAGGUGAAGCUGAAGACUCGAACCGAGCCAAGGAAGAUGCCAAGAGGGAUGCAGGCCGCUACCGAUCCUCCCUGGAGAUCCUUGGAAGUGAAAAAGCAAACUUGGAGAAGGUGGUAAACUCUUUGAACCAGCAGAUUGACAACUUACACCUGGACAUGGAGCGCCUGAGAGCUGUGAACGAUGACCUGCAGCGGCAGCGAGAUCACAUCGAAGACAAGAAGGAAGAGAUGCAGAAAGACAAUGAGCAAGCCAAGAAAGAGGUUGAAAGAGGACAGAAGUCAUUGGAGCUUAUGGAAGUGAGGAACUCAGCUCUGAGGAAAGAAUUGGUGACUAUGAAGGAAGCUUUGAACAAAGCUACAUUGGAGAAGGAGGUGUUGCAGAAUGAGAAAGGAGGCUUGAUUGAGGCUCUCGCCAAGGCUGAGCUGAAUAGUGCAGACCUCGAAUUGUCCUUAAACAAGCUGAAGACCGAGAAAGACACCCUGCGAGACUCUCUUGCCAAGAUGAGUGCACUCAGUGAAGGCUUGGCUCAGGAUAAGGUUGAAUUGAAUCGUAUCCUCCUCCGGAUGGAAGAUGAUAGAUCAGUUCUACAAGGACAGAAGAAGGAGAUUGAGAAGGCAAAGGCUAGCAUCCAGGAUGUAUUGAUCCGUGUGGAGCAGGAGAAAAAGGACCUGGACACGGAGAGACAUGGAUUAGACCAAUCCCUGCAGAUUGUGGAGGCAAGCCAGGAACAGCUAGAGCAUGAUGUAUUGGUUCUCCGAAGGGCAAGGGAUCAGCUGCAAGAUCAGCUUGGGCAGGCAAAUCGGCAGAAGCAGAUCCUGAGCGAGCAGUUGGCUCAGGCGCAGCGAGAUGGAGAACUACAGAGUGCGGGACUCCUCCGAGCCAGCAAGGAGAAGGAAGAGAUGAUGAAGGAGAAGGCCAGCUUGGUGGUGCAGCUAACAGCUGCUGAGAGGGAGAGCAGAGCACUGUCUGAAGAGAUAGCUGCCCUCAGGGCAGAUAAGGAAGCUCUAGAGACCAACCUUUUCGAGGCUCAGCAACUCGUUGUACAGCUCAAGACCCGCAAGGAGCAGCUCGAAGGAGAGAACCAAACCAUUCUGCUUGCUAAGGAAUCACUUCUAGGUGAUCUGAGUGAAAUGGACUUGCAGCUAAUCAAUGUUGAGCGAGAUAAGGAGUUGUUACAGCAAAAACUGGGUCAACUGGAGCAGGAAACCCAGAUCUCACUGAAAAAUGAACAACAGCUCCAUGAGGAGGAUGUUGAACGACUUCAGAAAGAGAAGGAACGGCUGCGCGUUGAGCUGACAGCGGAAAAGGAUGAAGCUGUCCAGUGCCUUCAGCAGGAGCGUGAAGAUCUAGUCAAUCGCUUUGAGGAAGAGAAGGAGGAGUUGAAUGAAGAAAUUCUCACUUUGCAAAAAGAGAAGGAUGAGAGUCUGAUCCAGGCAGAGAGCAUGAAACAGCAGGCCUUGUAUCUUAAAGAGUCAGAGAAAAAUAUCCUGUCGGAAAAACUCAGCCACACUCAGCGUGAACUUGGUAAUUCAAACAUGGAGAUUGAUCGACUGAAGCGAGAACUACACAGUCAACAGGAACAGGAUAAGAACACCAUUAACAACAUUAAUGCUGACCUUAAGAACCUCCAGGGCCAGUUUGAGGAAGCAGUGGCCACACAUGAGCGAGAAGUCAAACGUCUCAACGAGCAGCUUAAAGACUUGACCCGUCAGAGAGAAGGGUCUCUCAGAGAGGUGGAGGAGCUGAAGACACAACUCCGCAUGGUGGAGGAUGCUCGAGAUGGAAUUCGCCGAGACCUUAUCGAAGCUCACAGAAAGGUCCGAGAGAGUGAGGAGGGUCAGGAGGUGCAACGGAAAGAGAACCUGGAACUCAAACGUGUUCUGAACGAUGAAGUACGGGAGAAGGAGGCCUUCCAGAACUCCAAUGAGGAGCUUAGGAAUAAUAUCAAAAAAAUUGAGAGCGAGAGAAUCAGUUUAAAGAGAACAAAUGAGGAGAAGGAGCAGAAGAUCAACAUCUUGGAAGAAGCCAAAACUACGGUUCAGAAUGAGGCAGGAGAACUGCGCGCAAACCUCAGGGAAGUGGAAAAGUCCAGACUGGACGCCCGGAGAGAAUUGCAGGAACUUCGACGUCAGGUAAAGAUGUUGGACAACGAGAUUGUGAAGAAGAGCAAGGAAGUGGUAGAGCUGCAGUCCCGCAUAGUAUUGGAUGAACAACGUGGUGAGGAGAGCAGGCAGGAAUCUCUUGGCCUGAAGCAGAAGAUUACAGAGGCAGAAGUAGGCCGUGAAACAGCUCGCAAAGAGAUUGCUGUCCUUCAAAAGAAAAUAGUAGAUGUGGAAAGUAAGUUCCAUGGACGUGAGAAAGAACUUCUUGAACAGUUGGAGAACUGCCAGUUGAAUGAGAAGAAGUUCCGAGACAACAACCGCAAUCUGGAAAAGAAGCUGCAGCGAGCCCAAGAGGAAGCAGAUGAACUGGUGCUGAAGAUUCAUGCCAUGGAAGGACGUGUCACUGGUCUUGAAGCUGAACUGGCUAAAGUGGAGACUGCCAAGAAGGAUAUAGAGUUCAGGUUGGAUAGCUUGCACUCUACACUGCGGAGAACCUUAGGAAUUGGGCGUUCCGGACGAAGUCCAUCGCCACGGAGACCCCUCUCUCCCACCAAAGGAUUUGACAACACCUUCACCACCACUGAUGGACGGGCCAGCCCAGUCCCACAAGCCGGAUCUCCCAGCCACAGCCUUUCCAGCUCACCUUACAGUUCCAGGUCACCUGCCCGAGGCGAACAGUACGCGGCAGAUGUUGACCCUGAAGUGGUUAAAGGUGCACUACAAGAUUUCCUGCAGGAACUUCGUGACACACAAAGGCACAGGGAUGAGGCUCAUAUUCAGCUGGCGAAUCUGUCCCGGAAGCUGGCGCAGGUGGAAACAGAGCGAGACCGGAUGAACACACGUGCUCAGCAGCUCCAGAAAUCCCUGACCGAGGCAGAGGAAGGGAAGCGUGGAUUAGACGGACGAUUGAACAAUGCUCAAACUGCGCUCAUGCUGCAAGAAGAGACCAACAAACGUGGAGACCGAGAGAGGAAGGCCCUGGCUGAGCAGGUGGCCACCUUGGAGCAGAAUCUGCAGUCAUCUGAAGGGGAGAGGCGGGCUCAUCAGGAGAAGAUCAAUAAGAUGAAGGUAAAUGAGACGAAGCUGGAGGCCGACAAACGCAAGUUGAAAGACGCGCUGGAGGCAUCUGAGAGUCGUGCUACCAAGCUGGAGCUGCUGCGCUGCUCCCUCGAGGGGGAGCUGCAGCGAGUGCAGCUGACCCUGAAUGACCGUGAGACUGAGGCACGGGUCCUCCAGGACCGAAUCGAGAUGCUUCAGCGGCAGGUGGCCGACAGCGAGACGAAGGCUACCUCUCUCCAGCUCUCCGUUGAUCGUCUGUCAAUGACACUAGCCAAGACAGAAGAAAGUGAGAACAGUCUGAAGGACAAGGUGCAGAGUUUGUCGUUGACUCUCUCAGACACAAGUGCUGGCAAUACAUUACUGCAGGACCGGAUUUCCCAGCUUCAGAAAGGCCUAACCUCCAGUGAACAAGACCGACGAGUACUUCAGGAACGACUAGACACCAUCCGCCAGGAGCUUGUGGACACUAAGAAGAGGAACCAUGCCUUGGUAGAGCGUGUGCAGUCCAUGCAGAACUCACAGGGGGAUCUGGAGCUGAGGUGCUUGGAGACUGAAGGGCAGAAUCGUCAACUGAAGGAGAUGUUGCAGCAGAGACAGGAGAGUGAGCAGGAGGUGCUGAAGCACAUCGAGAAGCUUCAACAAGAAAAACACAUUUACCAGGAGCGAGUAGCCAACUUGCAGAGGGCUGUCGCACAGCUAGAGAACGAGAAACGAGAACUACAACGUUCAAAGCUGUGCCUUGAGAAAGACCAAUCAGCCCUCAGGAGAACACUGGAUAAGGUCGAGCGGGACAGGUUGAGGUCUGAAGAAGAUGCUUUGCGGCUGUCAGCUGAGAAAGGACAGUUGGAUCAGUCCCUCAGUGGUGCAGAAAUGGAUCUCGCAGAAACACAAAGGCAGAUUCAGCAGCUGCAGGUCAGGGCGACUGAAAUGGAGCAAAAGCACAGCCAGAGACUGAUUGAGCUGACUACCCGCCACCAUCAGGAGCUGGAGAAGGAAGCUGAGCGCCUGCGGACUGCUAACCAACAGGCUGAGAGGGUACUGGAGGCCAAGGAACGAGCCCACAGACAGCGUGUGAAAGAACUCGAAGAACAGGUAGCUAUCCUGCAAGAGCAGUUGGAUCGGGAGAUGAGGAAAAGACAAGCCUAUAUUUCACAAAUGCUCAGGUCAGGAAAGUAGCUGGGAAGCAAAUCAAGUCCUAUCCAAUGGGAAGCUGAGGGAUAAUCUUGAAUAUUCAAAGCAAGGUCAUUAAAUGAAUGAAUGGGCAACCGAAUAAUCAUGUUUAUAUGACCAACUGCUUGAAGACAGCGGCUCACGAAACCUUUUGUUUGAACUGAAAAUCAUACAAGGUAAUCCUCAACACCCAUAAGGAUAGGAGGGUUUCUUGUACUGGGAUGUGGCAUUGGUCGUAAGUUCCUUCUGCCACCCUCUAUCUGAUUGGACUUGUGGCCUACAACAACCAAUGGGUAUUCUCACCCCACAGCUACAGCAGACAUUCCUGCUCCUUCUCACCUCUAACUUCAAUACUGUGAAAAGACUGGUCUUUUGAAUCUUCCACAGUGGGGAAUCUCUCUGAAACAUUCCCAACAACCACUGACCUCAGCCUCUGUCGAGACAGAGUCUGUUUACAUUCUUGACGUGGUGUUUUUCAGAUGGUAACUGUAUUCAUUUGCCCUGUUUGCUCAUUUAACUAUCCGUAGCUAUACUUCUGAAAUUCAAAGACCAACA